ACCCCAUUAUGUCGGUUCUCUUCGAGACCUCACUAGGGGACAUUGUGAUCGACCUCGAGGUUGACCUAUGUCCCAAGCUAUGUGAAAACUUCUUGAAGCUAUGCAAAGUCUACUAUUAUAACCUUAACGCGUUCUUCAAUGUGUCAAAGGACUUUCUCGCUCAGGCAGGCGAUCCCACAGCAUCUGGAACAGGUGGAGAGUCCGUGUGGUCCUACAUUGCGUCGAAUUCCUCCACUCCACGCUACUUCGCACCGGAGAUUGUUCCAAAGUUGAAGCAUACAUCCAAGGGUACAGUGUCCAUGGCAGUUGCGCCAGCGCUCAAUGGUGACAGAGGCGGCUGUGCUAGCCAGUUCUUCAUCACCCUCGCAGACAACAUAGACUACCUUGACGGCAAACACGCGGUGUUCGGGCACGUUGUUGAAGGACUAGAGACGCUGGACAAAAUCAACGAUGUCUUUACUGACCAGGACGGGAGGCCAUUCAAAGACAUCCGUAUACGGCAUGUCAUCAUUUUAGAUGAUCCCUUUCCUGAUCCUCCUGGCCUUCUGCAGCCCCCUUCAUCUCCUAUUCGGCCCCCGGACAACUCGACACGCAUAGCCGAAGAUGAAGAUCCAUUGGAGGAGCUUCCAGAGGAAGAAGCUGAACGGGAGCGCCGGGAGAAAGCUGCAGCUGCUUCAGCGCUCACACUUGAAAUGGUCGGCGACCUGCCAUUCGCCAACGUGCGGCCGCCCGAAAACGUUCUCUUUGUGUGCAAGCUCAAUCCAGUCACACGAGAUGAGGACAUGGAACUCAUCUUCUCCCGCUUUGGAACUAUCAUGAGCUGUCAAGUCAUUCGUGACAAGAAGACAGGUGACUCGCUCCAGUACGCGUUCAUUGAGUUCGACAAGCGCGAAGAAGCAGAGCAGGCUUACUUCAAGAUGCAGAACGUUCUGAUAGACGACCGGCGAAUCUGGGUUGAUUUCUCACAAUCCGUGGCACGGUUUAAUACUUCUUGGUCGAACAAUCCCAAGAUUGGUAAGAGACGAGACGCAGGCAGCUUUGCGGGUCGCGACGAUCUGGAGGCAACUCGGCGCUACAGAGCAGAGGGGAGGAAUGGAGAUGACAACGGAUAUGGCCUGGUAUUUGACGUCCCCGGAAAUCGGGAUGAUCACCGAAGACGGGACAGGGACAGAGAUGACGGACAACGCAGCAGCAAGAAAAAUCGGUCGCAUGAAAGGAGAAGAGGCUCGUCUCGUUCACGGUCACCGCCCCCUCGUAAUAGAGAACGGAAGCGAAGCAGAAGCAGGGACAGAGACAGAGACAGACGAUACAGGGAGCCUCCGCCCUCGAGGUAUCGGUGAAACGUUUGGAAGGGUUUGGCUUUAGACGCUCGGCUGUACGUCACCAUUCGGGAAACCCCCUAUCCCUGUGUUCAGUGCUCAGCGCCACUCAGAUCUACUAUUUAAC